GGUAGUCCGGACUCCGGUGGUAUACCUAAAACCCUAGGGUUCUGCUUCAUUUGAACUUCUCUCGAGUCUCGUCUGCAGGGAGAUUCUUUCCGCCGUCUCGUCUGAUUUAGCAGUUCUUCCUUUGAAUUCCGCUACUUUUCGGUCUGUAGUUGAGAUGAGGCCAUUAGACGAAGCCGAGACGACUCAAGUAUUCGAGAAGCUAUUCAAAUUCACCGGCAACAAUCUCAAGAACAUUGUUGAAUCCCCUUCACACGAAGGCCUCGAUAAAAACCCAGGUCGUUACUGUUUCCGUCUUCACAAGAACCGAGUCUAUUACGUUUCCGAAUCACUAGUCAAACGAGCCACCAACAUCAAGCGGGAAAACCUCGUGGCCCUCGGCACAAACAUCGGAAAGUUCACGAAGAGUGGCAAGUUCCAUCUCACGAUUCAGGCUUUGAAUUUGUUGGCUGCCAAUGCGAAGCAUAAAGUAUGGCUAAAACCCACUUCAGAAAUGUCGUUCUUGUAUGGAAACGAUGUUGUUAAAGGUGGGUUAGGUCGGAUUACCGAUAACAUUAACGCUUACGAUGGGGUUGUCGUGUUUUCUAUGUCGGAUGUGCCUUUGGGGUUCGGAAUUGCUGCAAAAUCAACUCAGGAUUGUAGGAAGAUGGACCCUAACGGGCUUGUGGUUAUCCGACAGGCUGAUACCGGCGAGUUUUUGAGGAAUCAAGACGAUCUUUGAGGCAAGUGCGAGUUAGUUCGUUGUUUUUGUUAUGAGAUUUAUACUGAGGGUUUGCAGUAAAACGAUUGUUAACGGUUAUCGGGGAUCAGUUUUUGGUGGUAAACCUCAUGAUUAUGAUAUGAAGUUGAUUACAAAUGUUGUUAAUCUUGAUUUAGGGUUCUAAGUUUGAUCACUUGCUUUUUGGGUAUGGAAUGAAUUGCAACUAGUAAUGGAGGAAAUGGAAUGUUCUUGUUAUAGGUUAUAAACUACCUUAUGGUGUAUGUAUUCUAUGCAUUCUAAAAGGUUAGGUUAUGAUUGAUGAUUGAGGAAUUUCUUUGA